AUGGCGGAUAAAUUCCUCGAAGUCGUUGAAGCUCGCAAGUCACUGUACAAACUCAAGGCUGAGUCAACGAUCCCAGACUCCAAGAUCCAGGAGAUCAUCGAAGCCACGAUAAAACAUGCCCCAUCCACAUACAAUGUUCAAUCUGCCCGCGCAGUCAUUCUUCUCGGUGCAAAACAUCAACAACUUUGGGACAUUGCCUUGAAGCACAUGGAGCCUGCAUUGGAAGGUUCCCCAAUGAAGGACCAUGUAGUAUCUCGGAUUGCUCUGCACCGAGCUUCUUAUGGCACCGUCUUGUGGUAUGAGGACCAGGACGCGCUCAAAGCUUUGGGCGAAAAGAGCCCUAUGAUCGUGCCAAUGUUGACCGAAUUCUCUGACCAUUCGAGUGGCCUUCAUCAAUUCAUCGCAUGGGCUGCGCUUGAGGCAGAAGGGCUCGGUGGUAACCUUCAACAUUACAACUUCCACCCGGUCUUCGUUGCCGAUGUUGCUGCGGCCUAUGACCUGCCAGACCCAUCAACAUGGAAGCUAAAGUCCCAAUUGGUGUUCGGAACGCCCACUAGUACAGAGCGCGAAUACCCAAGGGCUUACGAACCUCUGGAAAAGAGGGUGCUCAUCAAGUCGUGA